AUGGCUGAGGAACUCGCGAUUCAACGUUUCCAGCAAUAUCUGCAGAUUAAUACCGAGCAACCGACUCCGGAUUAUGGUAAGAGAUCUUAUACUGAUCUAUGGUUUUUAUAGAGAAAUGCACCAAGUUUUUGUUGGGGUAUGCCAAAGAGUUGGGAUUGGAGACUUGGACGUAUGAGGUAGGUUAAAUAUUUCAAUCUGUUUUUGCUAAUUGUAAGGGGUAAGGAUUGGAACUUGACUUGUUGACCAAUUUGACCGGUCAAGCGAGCAAGGUGAUAUUUUACAUAUUACGUUUUGGGUUACGUAGAGCAUGGAACUCAAAAAAAUGUAUAGAUGCCUAGCUAUUCCUAUUUAUCUCUGAUUUUAGUGCGUGAAAGGAAAGCCCUUUGUGGGGAUGAUCUUGAAGGGAACUGAUCCCUCGCUCCCUACACUCAUGCUCUACUCUCACACUGAUGUUGUCCCCACGUUCCCUGGGUUCUGGAAGUACGAUCCCUACUCUGCCCAUCGCGAUGAGAAGGGGGAUAUCUAUGCCCGAGGAGCUCAAGAUAUGAAAUGCGUUGGUGUACAAUACAUGGAGGCGUUACGAAAAUUGCUGAAGGAUGGGAAGAAGUUUAAGAGGACCAUCCAUAUACUCUGGGGACCAGGUAUGUUUUUAGGAGUUGCAGGGUUUUAAUUUCGGGGGAUUUUUUUUUUUGAUUUUAUCAAGCUUUAUUACUCUUUGUAGAGGAAGAAGUUUGUGGAGCGGAUGGAAUGGCGCUGUUUUCAAAAACCGACAAGCUGAAGGAAUUGAAUAUUGGAUUUGUCUUGGAUGAGGGACUGGCAACGGAAGAUGAUCGAUAUAAGGUGUAUUACGCUGAGCGGUGUCCCUGGUGUGAGUUAGAUUAUCCUUUAUCUUUAAACUUUUUUUUUAUUUGUACCAUCUCAAAUUUAAUUUUAGGGCUAAAGAUCACUUGUCCCGGCUCCCCUGGACACGGCUCCAAGUUCAUUGAGAACACGGCUGGAGCCAAAUUACAGUCCGUAAUCAAUUCUUUCCUUGCUUUUCGGGAAGAAGAACGUCUGAAAUUGGAGAAAGAUCCUAACCUCAAACUCGGAGAUGUGACUACCGUUAAUCUCACCAAAAUUGAAGGAGGUGUCCAACUAAAUGUUCUUCCUUCUGAAUUUGUGGUUUGUAAGUUGCAUCAUGUUUUAUUGCGGCAUAUUUUUUAUUACACUUCAUGAUGGAUGACUUUUGCAGACUUUGAUGUGCGAGUUACACCCACCGUCGACUUUGAGGUGAGUACUGUCUCCUUUUUAUUGUUAUUUAUUUUUGAACGAGCCCGUCGGAAGAUUACUUGUAGAGUUUUCAUCGGAUUUUCUCGCGCGAUAAUCGCAUUUUUGUACUUUUGUCAGCAAAAAAGUCACAACACUACAAUUAUUUUUAGGAAUUCGAAGCUCGUAUUAAGGGAUGGUGUGAGAAAGCGGGUCCUGGAGUCACAAUUGAGUUCUUGCAGGUAACUGGGUCUAUGUUUGCAUUAUUGUUUUAGAAAUGUAUGGUUAAACAGAUUACACCCACCACAAAAGAAGAUCCUUGGUGGAGUGCAUUCAGCUCAGCACUCGAAGAAUUGGACUGUAAGAUUUCCAAGGAGAUAUUUGUUGGAGCCACAGACUCCAGAUAUUUGCGAGAGGUGAGCUUUUUUUAUUGUACUGGGUUGUAUUAACAAUACAAUAGCCCGGUUUUAACAAAAAUUUUCAUGUUGAAGCUUUUUUUUUCUUUUUUUAAAAACCGUUUUUCUAUUGCAUACCCUAGAAGUAAUUCUAAUAAUUUCAGCAAGGCUACAAGUCGAUCGGCUUCAGUCCCAUGAUCAAUACGCCCCAACUUCUCCAUGAUCACAAUGAAUACCUCAAUGAUAAGGUCUUCCUCCGAGGUGUUCAGAUCUACGAACGACUCAUCGAACGUUUGGCCAACGUAUAA